GAAAAGCCCAACUCAACGGUACACCCUGCUGCUUUCCAGAAACUGCUCGUGCGAUCUCAAGAGCGCCGCCUCCCCCGCCCCCGUCACCGCGCCGGCCGCGCCCCCAUCGUCCGUCGGCGGCUCCUACUCGAGGUGAAGGUGAAGGUGAAGGUGAAGGUGAAGGUGAAGGUGAAGCAGCAGAAUGGGUCGGAAGGCUGGUGCUUUGUACAUAAACCCAAAGAAGUUUGGUGCUGUUGCGAAGCCUUGCAUGGUAGAAAUGGUGGCCUUCCUCAACUGCCUGGCCUUAAACAAACAGGAAGAUGACAAGUGCGUGAGGCAGAAGGAUCUCUUGGUUAUGUGCACUCAGACUCAGAAAGGGAAGCCAAAGAACGCAGCGAAGACCAUCAAUUACCAUCUCCAGCGACUUGGGCGAGACAAGUUCCUCUAGGUUCAAUGGUUUUGAGAUCGUUUCCUCAUCAAGCUUGCCCCCUUGAAUUAAGUGAGGGUCCGAAGACGAAUUUUCUCUUGAAAGUAGCUUUACUGAAAUGGGGCAGUAAUGUGUUUGUUUAGAUUGGACAACUGGUCAGCCAAUAAUUAUAUGACAAACAGUAAUGCAUCAGCAGUAUAUCUAUAAGGUUUUCUUCUCUUACCGUAAAGGCACUUUACUGCUAUGUGUUCGUGGGUACUGUAAUUGGAAGUGUUUUUGACUGCUGUGUAAGUGGCACUGUUGCUUGCCAGCUUGUGAAUUGUGGUCUGACCUUUUGAGUCCA